AUGGAGCAAUAUCAAGCCUAUGUUGUAAACGGAGUAGUUUCCGAUCUUAGUCUUGAUGAUAUUGCCAACAACGUCUCAAUAGCAACCCAAAACAAAGUUAGUUCUUUUCAAUUUGAUACAACACCUUCAUCACGUUCUUUAGCCUUUGUUUUUGAAAACAAAAUCACCUUAAAAGCCAUGAAAGAACAGUUUCCAGAGGCUAAAGUCUAUCCAGUUGUUGAAUUUGAUGAUCAUGUUUCUAGAAAUACAGUCAUUUAUUUAACCAAUUUCCCUGAAGGAGUUACAACUAUUGGCAUUCAACAGAUUGUCAAGUCAUUCGGUGAAACAGUUUCUUACGGACAGUUAAAUUACAUGCAUUUCUUCAUGAUGCAACGCGAUUACCAUGCUACAUGCAUCGCCCGUAUAUUACCUUACGUAGAGUUCCAGAAUGGACACUUCAAAGUCUACUUAGACUACAAGCAAAUCCCAAUUAUUCACGUUUCUCAAAUUUCAAAGGAGUUCAAGGAAGAAGACGUCAUUGAACGCAUCAAAUCUGUCAAACCAGUCUUGAAAUACUACUCAAAGCCAAAGGAAGACAACUUUUUCACUUUGAAUGUUCUUUUCGAUACAAUCGAAGAUUCAAAUGCCGUCAUCAAGGCUCUUAACUUCAUGGAAUACGGUGACGAUGAAGUCCUCUUGACUCCUUACGUUCCUCACGAUGUUUUCGAAAAAAUGAAAAGUUGGCAGCUGAAAAUCGACAAUCUCAGCAUCGACGUCAAGUGCAAAAAGAUCUACGAACACUUCAUACAGUACGGACCCAUCUUUUCUGUCAAUAUUUUCAAGAAAGGAUCUUGCACAGCUUAUAUCCUCUUCAUGGCCAACGAAUCAGCGACCAAAGCCAAGGAGAACGAACAGAACGUCACGUUCGUAAACGCCACGAACUACAACAUGAUCUACGUUUCACAUCUUCCACAUAAUGUUAAACAAGACGAGAUAAAACAGCUUUUCCCGAAGGCCGCCAACAUCCAGAUCAAUCCCAAUGCAAACAGAGGCUUCCCACCGCAAGUAAUCCUUUCUUUCGAGAACGAGGAAGACGGAAAACUCGCUUUGGAAAAAGGAAACCAAACAUUUGUCAGAGGAAUCAGGUUACUCUGCAACCCGAGAAUUUCGAAGGAGAAUUUGUUGAAGCAGAACCAGGGUGUGCAGGAUAAACCAGACCGUACAAUUGUCAUCAAGAACUUGGAGUGGGACAUCACGUUCGAGGAAGUUGCGAAACUCUGUGCAGAGUUCGGAACAGUCGACAGAUUGUCUGUUAAGAAUGGUCCGACAUUUUCAACAGCAAUUGCUCAGUACACAGAAGUGGAAAUGGCGCAGAAAGCAAUCAAGGAAAUGGUCGAGUACCAGAUGAACGACAGAUGGGUUUCGGUCGAAGCGUACAACCCAAUGACGUCAAGGAACCAGGCAAAGCAUAUAGAACAGAGAAGGUUCCAGGGAAGAGGUGGAUAUAAUAAAUAA